AUGGCCGAGCUCAAAGUAAGAAGCAGCACCAAAAAGAAGGUUGUAAGUGGCAUUUGGAAGCUCAAGAUUGUCUUGGAAAAGCUUCAAAAGAGUCUCUUAUUGAGAAGAAAUAAAUCAAGUUCUUAUUUUCGUGACUGUGAAGAAAGAUAUGAUGCCACAACCUGUGUGCCAAAGGAUGUGAAAGAAGGGCAUUUUGCUGUGAUUGCUGAGGAUGAAGAGGAAUCAAAGAGAUUUGUGGUGCCAUUGAGCUGUUUAAAUAACCCAACAUUCUUGAGGCUAUUGGAGCAAGCUUCACAAGAGUAUGGAUUUGAUCAAGAUGGUGCAUUAACCAUUCCUUGCAGACCUAGUGAUCUUGAGAUGUUAUUGUCCCAGCAAUGGAAAAAAGAGGGAGAAUCUGAAACUACUAGGGUAAGCUGGCACUCCAGUAACAAAGCCGUGGUUAAAAGCUACUGA